GCAGGCGUUGUUUGCAUCAUUCGCAUUCGCAAUGUCGUCGGAGGUGUCGGCCGCGGGGCAGCUGGUGGUGCGUGACGGCCGGCGCGAGGACCUGCCCGCCGUGCAUCGCAUGAUAUACGAGCUCGCGGCGUACGAAGGCAUACCGGAGGGACCGCAGCUUAGCGUCGAAGAUCUAGCAGCGGACGGGUUCGACAGCCGGCCGCCGUGGUUCUUCCUGCUGGUCGCCGAGCUGGGGCACGAGGUAGUGGGCUACGCGCUCUGCAACCGCGCCUACUCAAGCUGGACGCGGCGCGCGCUCUACAUCGAGGACCUGUACGUGGCGGAGGCGCGAAGACGCGCGGGCGUGGGGCGCACGCUACUGCGCGAGGUGUGCACGCGCGCGCUCGCCGCCGGCGUCACGCGCAUAGACUGGCACGUGCUGGAGAGCAACCAGGCGGCGCGCACUCUGUACGCGCGAAUGGGCGCACGCGACCUCUGCCGCAGCGAGGGCCGCCUGGCGCUGCGUCUGGAUGCGGCGCGCAUCCUGGCCGUGGCCGAGGGCAGCCUGCUGCCCCAUCAGGAACCACCUUGUGAAGCGCCUUCAUGACUCGCCUGUUCUUUGCACUUUGUAUAUCUUUCAACAAUUAUACAAUAAAUAUUUAACAUUGAUUGUAAAUACAAAGACAUGCCUUCAUACUUUUUGUGCCCCAGACUCGUCUACUUCAUCCAGACGCAGUGUAUGGUAUCUAGGUUACUAUUCAGAAUUUAAAAUAACUAGACUACGUUACACAGACUUACAUUAAAUUUCAUCCAGAUCCAUACAUUCGUUCUGUAUAUACCUUUCUAAUAAACAUUAAUCCAUCCAUCAAAUCUAACCUAAGAUUUAGUUAAGAUGAUGAAAAUCCCAUUUGUCUUUUUUAUGUAACUUCAUAUUUCUUUGUACUGAUCAACUUUGGCGCCAUCAAUAGAUUGUGAAGUUCUAGAUCUCUCCAAAAGUUUUGAUCAACCCCCGUGGUGCACACUCAGGUAUGCCGGAAAAGGGCGCAUUUCUUUAUUUCACACUUGGCUUACUUUUGAAAAUAACUCUUUUAGUUAAAUAUAAAAAGUUAAGUAUUUAAACAGAGAAACUAAACUGGUUUUAUAGAAUAUUACUAGCUGUCGCCCGCGACUCCGUCCGCGCGGGAUUUAAAAUAGAUGUUGGCCGAUUCUCAGACCUACUCAAUAUGCUCACAAAAUUUCAUGAGAAUCGGCGGUUUCGGAGGACUAUGGGAAUGAAUAUUGUGACACGAGAAUAAUUUUAGUAACGAUAUAAUGUAUUAUAAGGUACAAACUGAAUAUUAUUUCUUUUUGUGUUCCCCGUCCCAUAGCAAAGUCAAUGGAGGGCAUUGAAGCAUCAGAUUGAAGCGUAUUCAAGGGUGAGUGAGCGCCUGCCUCCAGCCACCUGCCACCACAGCGCCAGGUCCGGCAGCGGCGGCGCGCAUGCUCUGCUGUGUGUUUAGCUAUUUAUUGUGUGCUUUAGUGAAAAUAUGACACACAUUUGAUGGGUAAAACACAAUGAAAAUAUGAAUAACGUGGAAAUCAAGGAUGAGGAAAUUAAGAAAAUAUUAUACUUUAGGUGAAUUUAUAUUGAAAUGUUAUAGAGUAAGCACAGACGACUAGUCAUAUAAAAUCUGAUCACACUAGCAGCCCCCGCUCCCGCCCCUAGCGCCUCGCCCAUGUUUGGCCCCCAGGACUUCAGCCCGCAGCCCGCAGCCUACAACCGGCGCCGGGUGCAGUCGCGCCGCG